CUUUGAGUCAAAAGGUACAAGAGUAGGACACCGUCCGCCCUAGCCCCAACCGCCGCUGUAAAAUUUGGAAACGCACUUCAUUCAUUGUCUUCCCUCUUUUCCGUCUCCACAAGAAGCCGAGGGCAAAAGCGAUAAACGAUUUUCCUUCCUUCCGCCGCCGCCGCCCACAGUAGUAGUAGUAAUGGGUUCAGUGAAGAGGAAGUCUUUGGGAGAGGCGAAGGAGGAUUGUGAUGCUCCGCCGCUGAAGCAGCAGAGAGAGAAUGUUUCGGUGGGGAUGAUGGAUGAGCCGGUGGCUUGCCUUCAUGACGUAUCGUAUCCGGAGGGGUAUGUGCCCCGUGCGUCGGGUCCCGGUUUGAUUAACCAAGAACACUCGAAGCCGGCCAAGGAAUUUCCAUUUACGCUUGACCCUUUCCAGCUGGAAGCUAUUAAGUGUCUCGAUAGCGGCGAAUCUGUCAUGGUCUCUGCGCAUACAUCUGCAGGGAAGACAGUCGUUGCAUUGUAUGCUAUUGCUAUGUCAUUGCGGAAUAAGCAACGUGUGAUAUACACAUCCCCAAUUAAGGCUCUUAGUAAUCAAAAGUACAGAGAGUUCAAAGAAGAGUUUUCAGAUGUGGGGUUGAUGACAGGUGAUGUCACCAUCGAUCCCAAUGCUUCUUGCUUGGUGAUGACCACUGAGAUUUGGCGAAGCAUGCAGUACAAAGGAUCGGAGAUUACAAGGGAGGUGGCAUGGAUUAUUUUUGAUGAAGUGCAUUACAUGAGAGACAGAGAGAGAGGUGUAGUUUGGGAAGAGAGUAUUGUUAUGGCACCAAAGAACUCCCGAUUUGUUUUCCUCUCAGCUACAGUGCCCAAUGCAAAGGAGUUUGCUGAUUGGGUUGCCAAGGUGCUUGUGACUUGUUUUACCAUUUUGGUGCACCAGCAACCAUGUCAUAUUGUUUAUACGGAUUACCGGCCUACACCACUUCAGCAUUAUGUCUUCCCAUCUGGAGGUGAUGGUCUUUAUUUAGUGGUUGAUGAAAAAGGUAAAUUCCGUGAGGACAGCUUUCAAAAAGCUUUAAAUGCGCUCGUUCCAACCAAUGAUGACAAGAGGAAAGAGAAUGGAAAAUGGCAGAAAGGUUUAAUUUUGGGUAAAGCGGGUGAAGACAGCGACAUAUUUAAAAUGGUGAAAAUGAUCAUCCUACGCCAGUAUGAUCCUGUCAUAUGUUUCAGUUUCAGCAAAAGAGAAUGUGAAUUUCUUGCUAUGCAGAUGGCUAAAAUGGAUCUAAAUAAUGAUGAUGAGAAAGUAAACAUUGAAACUAUUUUCUGGAGUGCUAUGGAUAUGCUGUCGGAUGAUGAUAAAAAGUUGCCACAGGUCUCAAAUAUGCUGCCCUUGUUGAAAAGAGGAAUUGGUGUACAUCACUCUGGUUUGCUCCCCAUACUGAAGGAAGUUAUUGAAAUCUUGUUCCAGGAAGGAUUCAUCAAGUGCUUGUUUGCCACAGAGACUUUCAGCAUAGGGUUGAAUAUGCCAGCAAAAACUGUUGUCUUCACCAAUGUUCGCAAGUUUGAUGGAGAUAAAUUUAGGUGGUUGUCUAGUGGAGAGUACAUACAGAUGAGUGGUCGUGCUGGUCGCCGAGGAAUUGAUGAACGUGGGAUCUGCAUCCUUAUGGUUGAUGAGAAGCUAGAACCUUCUACAGCUAAAUUGAUGUUAAAAGGAAGUGCAGAUCCUUUAAACAGUGCGUUUCACUUAAGCUACAACACACUUUUGAAUCAAAUACGAGCUGAAGAUGGUGAUCCUGAAAAUUUGCUUCGUAAUUCGUUCUUUCAGUUUCAAGCAGACCGUAGCAUUCCUGAUCUUGAGGAACAAGCAAAAGUUCUUGAAGAGGAAAGAGAUUCUAUUAUAAUAGAAGAAGAAGAUACCUUAGAAAAUUAUUACUCUCUGCUACAACAAUAUAAAGAUUUGAAAAAGGAUGUUCGGGAUCUAGUGUUUUCUCCAAAAUAUUGUUUACCUUUUCUGCAGCCUGGAAGGCUUGUCUCUAUCCAAUGUACAAAGAAUGAUGAGAGUUCCUCAUCCUUCUCUAUCAAGGACGAGGUUACAUGGGGAGUUAUAAUAAACUUCGAGAGGGUUAAAGCAGUUUCUGAAGAUGAUGCGAACAAGAAGCCAGAAGAUGCAAGCUAUACAGUGGAUGUUCUCACGAGAUGCAGAGUACAUAAGGAUGAAAUUGCUAAAAAAACAAUUAGGAUUCUUCCAUUAAAGGAGCCUGGAGAACCUGCUGUUAUUACAAUUCCUAUUUCACAGAUUGAUAACUUAAGUAGUAUCCGGCUAGUUAUACCAAAAGAUCUUCUGCCAUUGGAAGCUCGAGAAAACACACUGAAGAAAGUAUCUGAAGUUCUUACUAGAUUUGCAAAAGAAGGCAUGCCUCUUCUAGACCCUGAAGAUGACAUGAAGGUUCAGAGCAGCUCUUAUAGGAAGGCAGCGAGAAGGAUAGAAGCACUGGAGAACCUCUUUGAAAAACAUGAAAUUGCCAAAUCUCCAUUGGUUGAUCAAAAGCUCAAAGUUCUGCAUAAAAAGAAAGAACUCACAGCAAAAAUAAAAUCUAUAAAGAAAACGUUGAGGUCUUCCUCUAUCUUGGCAUUCAAAGAUGAACUUAAAGCCAGGAAAAGAGUACUCAGGAGACUGGGAUAUAUUACAAGUGAUGACGUUGUGGAGUUAAAGGGGAAAGUCGCUUGUGAAAUUAGCAGUGCGGAUGAAUUGACGUUGACAGAACUAAUGUUCAAUGGGGUUCUGAAGGACAUAAAGGUGGAGGAGAUGGUAUCUCUUCUCUCAUGCUUUGUGUGGCAAGAAAAGCUUCAGGAAGCUCAAAAGCCUCGAGAUGAGCUUGAGUUACUUUUUACACAAUUACAGGAUACAGCGCGAAAGGUGGCUAAGGUGCAGCUGGAGUGCAAGGUUCAGAUUGAUGUCGAGAAUUUUGUGAAUUCUUUCAGACCGGAUGUGAUGGAGGCUGUUUAUGCUUGGGCCAGAGGAUCUAAAUUCUAUGAAAUUAUGGAAAUGACUCCUGUUUUUGAGGGCAGCUUGAUCCGAGCAAUUAGGAGACUGGAGGAAGUCCUUCAGCAGUUGAUAGAAGCAGCCAAAUCAAUUGGUGAAACAGAUCUUGAAGCAAAAUUUGAGGAUGCUGUCAACAAGAUCAAGAGAGAUAUUGUCUUUGCAGCAUCUUUAUACUUGUAGACAGCACAUAAUGUAUCUGUGUAUAUCAUGUAUUUAUGAUUGGAGCAAGAGAAAGCUGGGUUUGGUAUGUUAAAAUGAUGCAAGCAAAAGAGGAAGUGGAGCAUGAAGCAAUGAGUGUAUGGGGGGAGUCUCCCUUAAAGAAGAGAGACUCGCAUGAUCUUGAUGGCCCCGUCUUCUCUUGUGAAUAGGUGGCCUCUCCUUCUAUGAUAUCAUCAGUGUUUUUGAGUCUGAAACAAUCGAUUAGUAGCUAUGCAAAAUCUGUAUUCUACCAGUGCAACAAGACCUAGAGCAGUAGCUACAUCAAGUUCAGUACACUCCAGGCUGUGUGGACGAGUAUCAUUGACGCCUUCCAGCAAGGGGAAGGAGAUGAUGGGGUUGAAUUUAUCUCCUAGGUAAGCUAGGAUGAACGGUUUUUGGCAGAAUGCUGUGUAGUUUACUGCAGAAUUUGAUGAUACUAGUUCAGUUUGACCAUCACAAAUUCUUGCGGUGAGUUUGUCAAUUGAUUAGGAUGUCUAACUGUGAGUCAUAACAGGUACACCAACUAACUUAUACAGUGUAUGGUUAUUGAACGGCCUAGAUGUCAUAAACUAUUUCGAUCUUACCUGUUACGUCGAGCUUCA